AUGGCUUCAAAGCCAUGGAUUGCGCUGAAAUCUCUGGCGCUGUGGGCUCUACUGCUGAGGCCCUCGUUUCUGAGCCCCUCGUUGCCUCAACGGCAACGACCCGUGCGGGCGCGACCCGUGCGGGCGCUGGAGGAGCCCAGCGAGGUGGAGCUGCCCUGGAACGCCAUCUUAGAGAAAUGGCAGGGAGCAGCACAGCAAAAUUUCGAGAUUGGAGGGAUUCCAGACUUGAUUCCUCCUGGUUUGCAAUACAAUCCGGAUCUCAGGUCGUACUACGAGGGCGACGGCGCCAUGGAUCGGAUGACCUACGAGGACCGCCCCUUCCGAGCCUUCAGCGACGAGGAGCGCGCCGGGCGACCGGCCUUUCCGUGGCUGGGCCGGAGUUUUGGGUGGGAAAUUCGGUGA